AGGCGUGGCUUCGAAAUUGUCGGCCCACAACUGGUCAACACCGUGCACCACGUGUUUUGGAUCUGUCAACAGGCCUAAAUAUUGCAAACUGUGAAAAUGGUGCAAGCAAGAAAAUGGGUUUAUGCCCACGAAUUUGAAGAUCAGCCGCAAACAUCAAACCUGCAACUUGUGACGGAAACCAUUCCUGACACAUUACAAGAUGGAGAGGUCCUGUGUGAGGCAGUCUUCCUAUCCGUGGAUCCCUACAUGAGGCUGUUCAAGGUGGCUGUGGGAGACGUGAUGCAGUGUGAGCAAGUGGCAAGAGUGACCGCCAGUAAGAGUGACAGUUUCCCAGUAGGGACGAUGGUUCUGGCCAGACUUGGCUGGCGCUGGCCACACACCAUCGUUGUGUCCGAUACAUCCAUCCUGGAACAGUUACCUCCCCUUGGAGAACUCCCAGCAUCCCUUGCUCUUGGAACUGUUGGCAUGCCAGGCAUGACGGCCUACUUUGGGGUGGAGGAAAUCUUGAAGCCAGUGCAGGGAGAGACUGUCCUUGUGAACGCUGCUGCAGGUGCUGUUGGCAGCGUUGUCGGGCAGAUGGCAAAGAUAAAGGGCUGCAAAGUGAUUGGCUAUGCUGGAACCAAGGAGAAAUGUGAUUGGCUGAAAAGUGAACUCGGGUUUGAUGCAGUGUUCAACUACAAGGAAACCAAACUGGAGGACAGCAUCAAGGAUGCGGCUCCUGAAGGCGUGGACUGCUACUUCGACAACGUUGGGGGUGAGUUUUCCAGCACUGUGUUGUUCAACAUGAAACAGGGAGGUCGUAUUGCAGUGUGUGGUCAGAUUGACCAGUACAGGUACGACGGCAAACAGCAGACAGGUCCCCUGGUGUAUGGGCAGAUGCUGGUCAAGCAACUCACUAUGAAGGGGUUCAUGUGUCGCCAUUACUUCCAACACUGGCCGGAAGCCAAGAUACAGGUCAUUGAUUGGAUAAAACAGGGCAAGAUAAAGUAUCGUGAAACAAUCACCGAAGGCUUCGAGAAUAUGGCUGAAGCUUUUGUGGGACUCUUCCGUGGAGCUAACACUGGCAAAGCAAUUGUGAAAGUGUGAGACUGUGAGAAGAGAGAGAGGAUUCCUUGAAAGAACAAAUAAUGUGAGACAUACGCUCCAUCAAGAAGCUGCCUGUGACUGUGACAUGAGAUAAUCCGAGUGCAAGAUAUAGUCUGCUGAACAUGUUUUGUUCUUGUGAAGAUUGAAUGUUGAAUAAAAGAAACUUGUUACAUUACUCAUUAACUGAGUAAGCACGUUACAUGCAUUUCUCUUAA